GCUCGCGCUUCCUGGCGCUCGUGCUCUCCGGAGGCUCAAGUUCUGCACAACUUCUCCCCGCUGCCCAGCGCCUCGGCCGCGGGCCCGGCUAGCUAGCUGCGCUCCUCGGCUAAGCCGUCUCGUCCACAGGGCAGGUCCUCGUGGAGCAUCUGGUACCAAGUGGCCGCUGGCGGUCCCUCUCUGCGCCCCACCUCUCUGAUCGCCCGGGUCCCCUCGCGUGGGACGGCGGUGCUUAGGUUCUUGGCCCUUUCUCCUCCCCGGUGCGCCCGGCGCGCCGGCCGCUGCGUAACCCUCUCUGCGCCCCUCCUCUGCCAGCUCCUGGAAGCCAGUGGUGGGGAUCCGGACUCUCUGAUGGUCAACGUGCGGCACCCGGGGCACUCCCCGGCCAUGUAAGCAGCUGUCCUGCAGAGAGCCUGGUGGGCAUGGACAUCUUUAUCCACAUACCUUAGUGUGACCACGCCGACAGAAAACUACUAAGGCCAUCUCAGGGGUGCCUGUGCCAGGAGAAGGGGGCGGCGUCCCCGGGCUGCACAGCCAUGCCUUUCGGCUUGAAGCUCCGCAGGACUCGGCGCUACAACGUCCUGAGCAAGAACUGCUUUGUUACCCGGAUCCGCCUGCUGGACAGCAAUGUCAUCGAGUGCACGCUGUCGGUGGAAAGCACGGGGCAAGAGUGCCUGGAGGCCGUGGCCCAGAGGCUGGAGCUGAGGGAGACACACUACUUCGGCCUUUGGUUUCUCAGCAAGAGCCAGCAGGCGAGAUGGGUGGAGCUGGAGAAGCCACUGAAGAAACAUCUGGACAAGUUUGCUAACGAGCCUCUGCUUUUCUUCGGAGUCAUGUUCUAUGUGCCAAAUGUGUCACGGCUUCAGCAGGAGGCCACAAGAUAUCAGUAUUACCUGCAAGUCAAAAAAGAUGUGCUUGAAGGACGGUUGCGGUGCUCCCUGGAACAAGUGAUCCGGCUAGCUGGCUUAGCUGUGCAAGCUGACUUCGGAGACUAUAACCAGUUUGAUUCCCGAGAGUUCCUCCGAGAGUACGUGCUCUUCCCUAUGGAUUUGGCCAUGGAGGAGGCGGCUCUGGAGGAGCUAACCCAAAAGGUGGCCCAGGAGCACAAAGCUCAUAGCGGGAUCCUGCCGGCUGAAGCUGAACUGAUGUACAUCAACGAAGUAGAGCGUUUGGAUGGAUUUGGACAGGAGAUCUUCCCGGUGAAGGACAGUCAUGGCAACAGCAUGAACCUUGGCAUCUUCUUCAUGGGGAUUUUUGUGAGGAACAGGAUCGGGAGACAGGCAGUGAUAUACAGGUGGAAUGACAUUGGGAGUAUUACCCACAGCAAAGCAGCCAUCCUGCUGGAGCUGAUUGACAAGGAGGAGACUGCGCUCUUCCAUACAGAUGAUAUUGAAAAUGCCAAGUACAUUUCUCGGUUGUUUACCACUCGGCACAAAUUUUACAAACAGAACAAGAUCUGCACUGAACAGUCAAAUUCUCCACCCCCAAUCAGACGCCAGCCCACCUGGAGCCGGUCCUCACUGCCAAGGCAGCAGCCGUAUAUCUUGCCUCCCAUGCAUGUCCAGUGCAGUGAGCACUACUCGGAGACCCAUACCUCCCAAGACAGCAUUUUCCCCGGGAACGAAGAGGCCUUGUACUGCCGUUCUCACAACAGCCUGGACCUUAAUUACUUGAACGGCACCGUCACCAACGGCAGCGUGUGCAGCGUUCACAGCGUCAACUCCCUCAGCUGCUCCCAGAGCUUCAUCCAGGCUUCUCCAGUGUCCUCCAACCUUAGCAUCCCUGGGAGUGACAUCAUGAGGGCCGAUUACAUCCCCAGCCACCGCCACAGCACCAUCAUCGUGCCGUCUUACAGGCCGACCCCAGAUUACGAGACGGUCAUGCGGCAGAUGAAGAGGGGUCUGAUGCACGCAGACAGCCAGAGCCGGUCUCUGCGUAACCUCAAUAUCAUCAACACCCAUGCCUAUAACCAGCCCGAGGAACUGGUGUACAGCCAGCCGGAGAUGCGGGAGAGGCAUCCCUACACGGUCCCCUAUGCACACCAGGGGGGCUACGGUCACAAACUUGUAAGUCCGUCUGACCAGAUGAACCCCCAAAAUUGUGCGAUGCCUAUCAAGCCAGGGGCCAGCUCCAUCUCACACACAGUGAGCACUCCAGAACUAGCCAACAUGCAGCUCCAAGGAGCACAACACUAUAGCACAGCCCACAUGCUCAAGAACUAUCUAUUCAGGCCGCCACCCCCUUACCCUAGGCCCCGUCCUGCCACCAGCACCCCAGACCUCGCCAGCCACCGCCACAAGUACGUCAGUGGCAGCAGCCCUGAUCUGGUAACUCGGAAGGUGCAGCUCUCCGUAAAAACCUUCCAGGAGGACAGCUCACCUGUGGUCCAUCAGUCUCUGCAGGAGGUGAGCGAACCCCUCACAGCCACCAAGCACCAUGGCGGUGGCGGCGGUGGCACGGUGAAUAAACGCCACAGCCUGGAGGUGAUGAACAGCAUGGUGAGAGGCAUGGAGGCCAUGACACUGAAGUCACUCAAUAUCCCCAUGGCUCGCCGCAACACCCUUCGGGAGCAGGGCCCUUCCGAGGAGACGGGCGGCCAUGAAGUGCACGGUCUCCCCCAGUAUCACCACAAGAAGACGUUCUCGGAUGCCACCAUGCUGAUCCACAGCAGUGAGAGCGAGGAAGAGGAGGAGGCCCCGGAGGCUGCACCUCAGAUUCCUGUGCUUCGAGAGAAAGUAGAAUACAGUGCCCAGCUGCAGGCUGCCCUGGCCCGCAUCCCCAACAGGCCCCCACCUGAGUACCCAGGGCCAAGAAAAAGUGUCAGUAAUGGGGCACUGAGACAGGACCAGGGGACCCCCCUUCCUGCCAUGGCCAGGUGCAGGGUGCUGAGACACGGACCAUCCAAGGCCCUCACUGUCUCCCGGGCAGAGCAGCUGGCUGUCAACGGUGCCUCUCUGGGUCCCUCCAUCUCUGAGCCUGACCUAACCAGCGUGAAGGAGCGGGUCAAGAAAGAGCCUGUGAAGGAAAGGCCGGUGUCAGAGAUGUUCUCCCUGGAGGACAGCAUUAUAGAGAGAGAGAUGAUGAUCAGGAAUCUAGAGAAGCAGAAGAUGACUGGCCCGCAGGCACAGAAGAGACCGCUGAUGUUGGCAGCGCUGAAUGGGCUCUCGGUGGCCCGAGUGUCGGGGCGGGAAGACGGUCGCCAUGAUGCCACCCGAGUCCCCAUAGACGAGAGGCUCAGAGCCCUGAAGAAGAAGCUGGAAGAUGGAAUGGUGUUCACAGAAUAUGAGCAGAUCCCAAACAAAAAGGCCAACGGCAUCUUCAGCACCGCCACUCUGCCUGAAAACGCCGAGCGCAGCCGGAUCCGAGAAGUUGUCCCAUACGAGGAGAAUCGAGUGGAGCUCAUCCCAACCAAAGAAAACAACACAGGCUAUAUCAACGCCUCCCACAUCAAGGUGGUGGUCGGCGGAUCAGAAUGGCACUACAUCGCCACCCAGGGGCCCUUGCCACAUACGUGCCAUGACUUCUGGCAGAUGGUGUGGGAGCAGGGAGUGAAUGUGAUCGCCAUGGUCACUGCAGAGGAGGAGGGUGGACGGACCAAAAGCCAUCGAUACUGGCCCAAACUGGGGUCCAAGCAUAGUUCCGCCACCUACGGCAAGUUCAAGGUCACCACGAAGUUCAGGACAGAUUCUGGUUGCUAUGCAACCACGGGCCUAAAGGUGAAGCACCUGCUGUCCGGGCAGGAGAGGACCGUGUGGCACUUGCAGUACACGGACUGGCCCCACCACGGCUGUCCAGAAGACGUCCAAGGAUUUUUGUCCUACUUGGAGGAAAUCCAGUCAGUCCGACGCCACACCAACAGCGUGCUGGAAGGCAUCAAGACCAGGAACCCCCCCAUCGUGGUUCACUGCAGCGCGGGGGUGGGAAGGACUGGGGUGCUGAUUCUUUCCGAGCUCAUGAUCUACUGCCUGGAACAUAACGAAAAGGUGGAGGUGCCCACGAUGCUGCGAUUCCUCAGGGAGCAGAGGAUGUUCAUGAUCCAGACCAUUGCGCAGUACAAGUUCGUCUACCAAGUCCUCGUCCAGUUCCUGCAGAAUUCCAGGCUCAUUUGAUCUCCUCGGGGAUGCAGCUUCUGGAGGAGGGACCCAGCUUUGUCCUGCAGGGGGCGCCACUUCGACAACAUCUGCCUCCCCCAUCCAGAGGCGGAUGGCUGGCAGCAGGCAGGAGCCAGAGUUACUCACAAACAUCAUGUAUUAUUUUAUAUGAGAUAAUUUAUUUUUUUCCCUCUUUGGAAUAAGUUCUGUGAGUUAUUAUAUAAUGCACCCCCUUCCCCCGCCCCCGCCCCACAAUAAUAUAGUGCUUCUCAUUUGAACCACACGUUGACUGAUCUGCAGUGUUAGCCUCCGGGAGGGAAGGUGGUGGCCCCCAUGGGACAUUUUAGACACAGAGGCAUAAAGGGAAAGCAUCUCCAGUUGCAGGCAAACUGGUAAUGCUCCAGUCAAAAGUGGCAAGAGAGAGAAGCCAUCCUCAGCUGGAAGGGAGAGAGCCAAGGUCCUGGAAAGUCCUUCCCACACUGGGUUCCUGCACCUUGCUGGGUGCUUGCUUGUCUCUCCUGCACGUCUGUCCUCGCCCUCAGCAAUCUUUCUCCGGAAGCCUAGGUGAAGGGUGGAAUUGGCUGGAGAGCAUGGUGCCUCCAAGGGUGGUGAUGCUGUCUUUGGUCAAUGGGGGCGCUGCUGUCCUUUCUCUCACCCCUUGUUCUGGCUCAGAAGUCUGAUACAGUGAUGGAUGACAGGCUGGGUAUCUGCUGCUUUGUCUUGUAUACUCACAACACUGUAGUCUGGUGGCCCUGGGCCAGGCGGUCUGCACAGCUCAGCCCUCUGCCUGAUUCUGAUUGUGAGAAGAUAACCCACCAGGGUGGGAAUGGAGUUGGGUGUAGCUUCGGUGUGGACUCUUCGCUAUGUUGCGUGUGUGGUGGAUGGUGACGUAGAAGAUGAAGUUCAGGUACAUUCCAUCUUCCUAUCUGUUCUUAAGUUGUUAGAAGGGUCUUAAGGAAACUCACAUUGGGGAGCUGUCAGGCACUUAGUAGGGCCCUGCCCGGGAGGUACACAGCUGUGUCCAACUCACUGUGUGCUGCUUGGUUUUAGGAUGUAGCUAAUGAGGGCUGAGUUGGUUCUUCUUGGAGCUUCCUUGUUGUCCUGAGGCAGAGCUCCUGGGUGAUCUUGAAUUUGCUGUGUAGAGGACGGCUCCUAAUUUUUCACAUCUUCCCCUCCCACGUGCUCGGAUGUCAGGUGUGUCCCACCACACAUGGGCCACCAUGGCCCCUUGUUAUGAAUGCUGAGACUGUCUACUACAAAACCUUCCAGCGCCUCCCUUUCCUGCGUAGCCCAGCCUGGUCAGUGAUGAUAUCAACCAUGUUCGAUUUGAAGCCCAGUUUCCUGCUUAUGUCUAAUUUUGCUCAGAGUAUAAUUUUCUAAACUGUGAGUUUGUGGAACUGAAUGUGUCAGGUCUUCCUCCACAGUUACAUUUUCCCUAUUUCCUGAGCUGAAAAAGACCAAACAGAAAGUGUGUGUCUGUGGCGUCUGUCUCCACCCCCUAGUGAAUGCUUAUGACAGCAAAAUCCCCAUGAACUCCUCUGGAAGAUGAGCCAAGCUGUCUUCACACUGGGCAGGGGUGGUGUUGGUGCUGAUGUUGAUACAGCAUCUGUGGGUUCAGAAUCUGUAGAAGAGGUGCUUCCACCCUCCCUUCCGCCAUGCAAAUUGAAUCAAGGAGUCUAAGUGUGCAAGCCUUGUGGAUCUGGUGUACUCCUUUGAUGAUGUUUCCCCUUUAGAUUCGGUCCCACUUACGGUUUCUUUAUGCAAUGAAGAACGCUGCUGAUCCUCUCCUGUUGUCUCUGAGCUGUAGUCGGUCAGAAUGUAUCUCCCUUGGGCAGCAAGGAGAUAUGAUGCCCCUUUGCACUGGUCACGGGGGUGGGGGUGGGGGGCUGUUUCUACCCUGUGUUAGCAGAACAAGGUGAGGGAAGAUGUCAGUUGGCUACCCAGCUUCCUAGUGAACACAUGGUGAGACCUAAAGGAGAACAUUAAGUGUCCCGAGUACGUAUGUGUUCCAUUCUCAGACACCGUUGCUUCUGGUUCUUCAGUAGCAUUCCGAAUUCCUUUCCCGUCCCCAGGAAGUCCCGGUGGAUCUCUGGUUAAAUUAUCAUCAGGCAUAAAAAGUGGCAUCUGCAUAAUGAUUGCCCAGAGAUGCUUUCUAUCUGGGAAGUGAGCCAAGGAAUAAACCUUGAAGCAAAGUGUAUUAAAUUAGUUAUCUGGUUAGGCCUUUUGGAAAGAUUUCCUGUGAUGCAUGGGGGCCAGAGCUGGAGUUGUCAGGGCCCAUUGCUGCAGUUUGGAUUUGAAGGAGGGGCAAAAUUAAAACGGGAGCCAGUAAGUCAUCCCAUCUCACAGCAGAGCAGUGGACUGCUUGCUCGCUGGCCCUGGUUUGGAGGUUUUCCCAGUGGUACCACACUCUUUUACUUACACUCAUCAGCCUACGUCCACCUUUGUCCUGGUUCAGGGGUCUCUGUAUCCUGGCUGCUUAACAUGGUGUCUUCAUCCCUGAGAUCGUGAGUUGUGUUAAAGGUGAAGCUGCGGAGUUUCUAGCUGGGCUGUGACUGGUCUUAGGUGGCUCUGCAGUCACUUCAGGUGGAAUCCCAGGGGUCAGGGGGCUGCACAUCCUCAUAUUCUCCUUUUUCAGUAAGAAGUAAGAGGAGAAAACAGGCAAACAGGCAUGUAGGUCGCUUUAUGGAGGUGAAGGCUAGUGGGUUCCUCUGAUCGCUUGGAGAUGAGCCGCAGAUGCUAGGGAGGCUGAGGGCAUCUCACGUGGACUGUAUCGUGUAAUAAGCUUUGAUUUAAUGUGUUUACUUUGGGAGACUUGUACUGUUAUGAGAAAGGGAUUACUCACGGUUAGAAGCAAGCUGUCAUCCCGUUCCCCCCAACACCCAUCGCAGUCUUGGGCUCUCUCAGCUACCUCUGCUUCAGGACAUGGUCCUCAUGGGACACAACCACCAGCUUCUAAGCAAGCCAUACCCGGCCCUCUCUCAGCUUCCACUUUCAGCAGCUACCUCCUGUCCAUCAGCAUUUUCCUGUGUCUUUUCUAGUUUAACGUAGAUUGACCUGCAGUGCAUUUCCAGACUCACUGAAUACGUAAUAACUGUUUCUUCCCCAGUUCAGGCAGGAUGUAACGCCCGCCAUUUGUCUUUUCUACAACUAAGCUAGUGGACACAUUACUGGUUCUUUGUGACCCUGCUACCUCGCUGUGCUGGCCUUGUAUCUGGUCAAGCUGGGAGGUGCCCCUGAUUGCUGAUAGGCUGGGAUGACAGAUGUGUCGCUAUGUAGUCUUCUGUCAUUCCCUUGAAGCUCAGGCUGGCCUGAUUAUCCAUGAGCCAUUUAGGCUCUCCCCUCUUUAGUGGCAUGUCUGAUGGAGAGAGUGAAUUUAGUUUAUUGAUUAAUGUUUGGAGAAGAUGUGCCAGUUACUGGAGGUGGAGAGGGGAAGAAUACCAGGUCAUUCUAGAAUAAACUCAACGAACAUGAUUAGCCCUGACCCCUGUUUGUAAUAAUUUAUUCAUUUUGUCUCAGUAUUAGGAAUGAGCUGUCCACGGAGUGCCUGGUCACUGCCGUGUGGCCCUCAGCUUCUGCAUUUACCAAAGAUUCUGUCGCUGCUGCUUCUUGUCAACGCUCUAGCCAGGCAGCCAGCAACCAGGUUCUCAUUCAAUGUUCUCUCUCCUCGAGUGGCAGCUCCGGCUCACUCUAGCAGAGAGCUUUGAGCCUUCCAUGGGAACGGCACAUCCCCCGAUGACCUACAACUUGAUGCGUUGACCCUGGAGGGUGGACUCAGUCACAGUUAGCCCCGGAGGGUUACUACAGUCUGAGCAUACUGGCCUUCACCUCGCUUCUGUGUCCUUCGGUGGCAAAUCACCUUUCCGGGGACAUCUGCUGAAUGUAGUACCCACAUGUCUGGGGAAAUAUGAGGGUGUGCUCAGCACAUGCUGCCAACCCAGCUUAUCCAGAUGUCAGUUAUUCUACGGGAGCUGGGACACUGUCCAGCAGCUUGUCCACAUUCAUCCUCUCUUUCCUGUUCUCAGCUUUUGCAUUUCCAUUAUAACCUUCGGGGAAGUGAGUGUUUUCACCGGGUGUGUCCAGUCCUUCGUAACCUUUGCCGUUUAGUACGGUACAUCACCUUUCUCGGGCUCUCGCUGACGUGUUCCCGUUAGCCUGUUCAUCACUGGGCACUGGGGGUCUGGCACCCUUCAAUCUCAUGGAUGGAUAGUGCGCUGCUGUUUGGAGAUCGGUUCUUGCCGUUUGGAGCUGGGUUCAGCCUCCUCAUUUUAGAGAUAAAUUAAAGGGCAUUUGGUUGUCUGGCAGGGGUUGGAGCAAAUGCCAGCCUAAAUAUGGUUAACUGUUGCACAGAAAGUGACUCUUGGGCUACACUCUUGCCAGCAGGACCAUCAUUCACUAAAAGCACUCAGAGCUUGUCCAAGGACAGUAGAGAGAGGUUAGAUCACCCCUGAAUUUCUUACCCAAAAUUUUUUGGGCAUAUAAAUUUUUUGAACCCUGCCACAAUGUCAGAAUUGGAAACUAUGAUGCAACGCCCAGGAAGACUGUGCUCCAGCCUUGAGAUCUACUUCUCCUGGGCUCCUUUCCUGCUCCCUGUAUUGGGUUGUGACGUGGGGUCUUUGCUCUGGGGACUCCUCGCCUGGUACUGCAUGCUUGUGAGCAGAGAGUUCUGCCCAUGCCUGCUCCUCCCAUGCUCAGCACUCGCAGUCUCUCUUGCCUGUGAGUGCCAAACUCGGGGCUGUGCAGCGGCCAUGAGCGUCCUUGUGCGGGGACGAGGUGGUGCCCCGGGUGGCGUCACUGUCUGCAUUCCAGGUCACUUUGUCCACCAGAGUGCCGCCAGCUUUCCUUCCUUGCUCACUUGCUUUCCAGACCAGCUCUCUGAAGCUCACUUUUUAAAUUUUACCCUACCUGUCCACGAAGCUCCUAUAAAAGUCAAAUCUGGCAAAGGACCAUGGUCUUAAACCUCUCUAAAAUGUCCACAGAGGAAUUCUUAAGAAAGAAUGUUUCCGUGGUUUCCGGGGGUGUGGGAUGGGAUCUGGGAAAUGAGUGUCCAAGAUGAAUCAUGUAGAAGGCUUCUCACAACAAGGCCUCCCUCCUGUCCUAAGGGGCAACACUGUCCCUCAGUACCAGAAGAAAGGAAAAAAAAAAUGACGGCUAUUAGUGUGAAUAGAAAUGAGGGCAGCAGGCUUCCUGUUUGUUUUCAGGUGCCCCUAGCAGGAUUUGGGGUGAGGAGAGCGCUGUGGUGACCUGCAGUCUACCUACUUCUGGCUUGCUGGACUGUUCGCUUCAGUCUCCCUGGUCAGCUGUGGGACAGGUGCACCUCAGGGCUUCCCAGGGAGCCCCACACUGCUGUGAUGGAUAGCUAAUGCAUAGUAAGCUAUCUAUUCAACCCCCUGCCUUCUUUAUUUUUUCUUCCCCAACCUCUACCUUUAGGGACACAAACUCUUUUGGGUAGAAAGCUGAGAGGGGAGAGGCUGUUUUAGAUGGUUUUUUUCCGAGCCUUGGGGUGGGACCUCCACUAAACCUUCAGGAAUGCCGAGUGUAGCCAGGUGGCUCGCGCUUGGCGUUCUCGGAAUUUCUUUGGGGCUCCAGCCUCCUUCAGUGCAGUGUUGGCUAAUAAAUACCUUCAGCAUUGAACUGAAAACUGUCCUUUGGAGCCAUUUUUUUAGACUCAAAGGCUGUAAAGUUUUAUUGCAAUUUCCUUUGAAGUUCCUUGCCACUAUUGGUAGUCCUAAAAUUCUGUAACCAUUCUUUUAGAUACAAGCUCACACUUCCUUAGAGAUGAUGUCCCUUGGUGGUCAGCUGACCUGGCUGAGGGUUCCCUGGGGGAGGUUACAUAUGCAGAUGACUAUUGAAAGUGUAACCUUUUGUGACGUGUUACAUAAUAACUGGCUAGUUUGCUUCACUAGUCAGUCACUUAGUUCAGUAUUUUGAUGCUUGCUUUUGAUUGCUUCUGUCCGAUGUCAGGAGUUUUGGUUUCCUCCAAAAUAAUUGACAUUUAAUAGUUUUAUUUUGAAAUGAUGCAUAGACACCCCCACCCCCAGCUUAGAAACCAGCUUUUUUUUUUAGGGUUCUUGGGUCAGCCCACAGAAGCCCUCAGACCUCAGCCAUCAUGGCUGGAAUGCAGUGCUAUGCCAGACGUGGUUGGCUUUUGUGGGCUGGCCUGGACAUGGGCUAGCACCCACUACAUUGUAAAUGGUAAAAUAAAUAAAUAAGAAAAUAUAAAGCAUUCCAGGUUGGGACUCAGCACCCAGCCUGUGGCAGCUGCUCUGUCCUCGGCAGAGAUGGCUGUCAAACCUCUCUCCUAGCAAACUGCACCUAAGGGCAGGGGAAGGACAGAGGAGACAGAGGACAUUCCUUCCUAAGUUACCGAUGAUCACGUUGACUGCUUUGGCAGAGACUCUCUGUCACGUGAAUAACAUUAAAUGCCCUAAAUAAAGCUAUGCACACUGUCCCAUGGGCUGUUGUCUCUCGGUAACAAGCUUCCGCUCGCCAGCCUCACACAGCUCUGAGGUGUAGGGUGCCGACUUUUGACAGUAUUCUGUUGCACUGUUCCCUCUCUCUACAAAGUCUUACUUAGGUAUUGGUUGUCUCUGUCCUUGUCAUUGCUGUAAAAUGUCUCCUAUGUGCCUUUACAAAUGUGAGAUCUUUACUCUAACCCCCUUUUGUUUUUGGUAAAAGAUAUCUAUUGAUUUCUACAUGCAAUAAACCUUGU